AUGGCGGGCCAAACAAGCGACUCAACCCUCGAGCUCAAAUCCAACAAGCUCCCACUAUCACUUCGGCUUCCCAUAUUUGACGAUGUCGCAGCGGUAGUCGAAAUCCUAGCAAAUAAAGCAAAUUCCGAAUUUGACAAGUCUAUAUGUGACGCCACUACUGAAGAGCUGGAUGCCGUUGCAAAAAGAUGGACAAUAGUCACUGAUCCGCCUGCCUAUCGCAACUUUCUGGUUUUCUACGAGGAUAAACCCGUUGGAAUUACUGGAUUUGGUUGGAUUGGUCCUUGUCAUGAGCAUCAAGACUCUGAUGAUUCGUCCCAGGCUGGUGCGGCGGGGAUCAUUGUUCAAUCCUCAGCCCGGGGCAAAGGAAUAGCAUAUGAGGCUCUUCGUCUGGUCUUUGAAUAUGGACUUUGCGAGUUGGGACUAAAAGAGAUCAGGGUCGGUACUCAUUCUGGCAAUCUGCCUAUGUGGAUGCUGAUGGAGCGGAAGUUUGGGGUGAAGACCAUAAGGACUGCGGAGGUGGAUCGCUUUGGGAAUGACCUUCUGUGGACCAUCACAAAACCAGAGCAAGUGUUGUAG